AUGUGGGGGCUUUGCGUCUGGAAAGUUAUUCGACCAACACCAAAACUCAAUCGUUCUACCACAAACGAAACAUCUCGCCUUGAUACUGCCCUUUUGCAAACUUCGGAGGAGCGCUUAAUGUGGCCACGCAGAGUAGUAAUCACGGGACUCUCCUGCUCAGCACGCUCCACCGCAAACAAGGUCCGAACACAGCCACUGUCUAGCAAAACCCGGAAUCCUCCUUCUCGCAGCCCGCCGCUACGACAAUCCCCUUGCGAGGCCGUCGGGCCACAGACCUACGAGGAACGUCUGCCACUCGUUUUACGCUCUUCUGCACAAGUCCACUAUUCUUUGAUGACAAGCAAACAACGCGGUGGUCAAGACAAAAUGAAGCCCCAGAGCAUCCAGAUCCCGGGGCUGACUCUGCUGAACAACUUGGCGCCCCAUGCGAUUGCGCCGACUUCCGAGGGCAGCCUCAUCAGUCCUGCGGCUCCCCAGCCGCCAGCCAAGGCGCCGUAUGUGCUACCGCGGAAAUUAAAGGAGAAUAAAAAGGCAAAGGCGAGGAGAGCGUUGGCAGAGGCACAUGCACAGGCUGCCCUUGAACACAUGGCGCAACAUCCUGCUGCUGCUCCUGGCCCAGUCUCUGGCCAGCACGGGUACGAUCAAGCAAAGUCACCUUGCCUUCUUCCACAAAGCAGAGUACUCACAAGUCUAUCCAUCUUUAGGGCCUACAGCUUCAACAAUUUCGACUUCAACAACGCCAACUUGAUGAACCUCCCUCCCAACAACUUCCACAACUCCAACGACUUCAUCGCCAGACCUCCUCCAACCAAGCCCCGAUUCCCCCCCAAGAACCAAAACCUCCCUCAAGACGGGCGCGUCGCCCCCAGCAAGGCAUCCGGCGGCAUCCCCGAUCCCACGCCCCUCUACAUCGCCCAGUCCCUCCCGCUGCCGUCCUCCCUCCGCAACCCGCGCCGCAUCCUCGUCAUCGUGGACCUCAACGGCACGCUGCUCUACCGCCCCAACAAGCGCAACCCCUUCAACUUCAUCCAGCGGCCCCACGCCCGCGAGUUCCUCGACUACUGCGUCGACACCUUUCACGUCGCCAUCUGGUCCUCGGCUCGCCCCGAAAACGUCGACAAGAUGGUCUCCCAGCUGCUCUCCCCCCAGCAGCGCGCAAAGUGCCUCGUCAUCUGGGGCCGCGACAAGUUCGGCCUCUCCCCCGCCGACUACUCCGCCCGCGUCCAGUGCUACAAGCGCCUCUCCAGCAUCUGGAACGACCCCGGCGUCGCCGCCUCCCACCCGGCCGCCGCCCAGGGCCAGCGCUGGGACCAGACAAACACCGUCCUCGUCGACGACUCGGCCGAAAAGGGCCGCAGCGAGCCCUACAACAUCCUUCAGCUGCCCGAGUUUGAGGGACUCUCCAACGAACCUCCCAAUGUGCUGCCGCAGGUCCACGACUAUCUAAACAGCCUCUGCUAUCAGACCAACAUCAGCAGCUACAUACGAGAUCGUCCUUUCAGGAUCGACUCAAGCUAUAGACUACCGCCGCAGCCAGACUCUCAUACGGCAUAG